AUGCUUUUAGCUGUGCUUUCGCUUUUUCAAAGAGUUCAUGGAACUUGUGAUUUAUUCACAAUCGAAUGUCAUGAUACCGGUGCUCAAUUCACCUUAGAUACGGCUUGCUAUAACAGUACCUCCGAUGUAUCUUUUUCGUCGGAUCUCUCUGGAGUUUAUUUGGCCAGAAGUCAUAACGAAAGUACAGUUUCUGGGGAUUGCAUCGUUGCUGGCUCCCAUCUUGCUGAGUACUACAAAUGCUUUACUGCAAAUGAAGAUGCUUCAGGUCAAAUUGAUACGAACUAUACGGCUGAAAUAGUCCAUAGCAUGACGAUCGAUGGCACAAACUUAACAAUCGCCCGAUAUGGCGAAGUUUUCUGCGAGCCCAGAAUUUCUAUUGAUGACUCGAAGAAAGCGAUGCUCAUUUCUGAGAAAAAAAUCGUUGGUAGCCAGCCCCAACAAAAUGCACCCGUCAUCCAAAUCGAAGUCAACGGCGGAGACACGCUCGGAAGUUACGUGAAUGUCUCGGUUAAAAGUGUGACUGACGAUGAACUUUACAGCCAAGAGCUAGUUGACUGCAACGUCACAUCAGAAGGAUCUACAAGAGUGCGCGCAUACGUUGUUUCAAGGGUUUACGUACCUUUUUGCGGGACCACGAUCUCAAAAAUCGAGUCCUGUGGUGUUGUUUCCUUGGCACUUUCUUUGGAAAAAACUGCUGAUGAAUCAACAGCAAUAGCGAAUAUUGAUGAUAAUGCUGUGUAUCUUUGCUUCAACUUUAGUCCAUAUAAGACAUGUCAGAUGUUUGAUGGAAGUAGUGUUAGCAUGAUCACUUCUGAUGCGAGCUACGACCACGAUGGUGCUUGUCUCGCCAAUUACAAGGGGUACCCUUUAGCUGUGGGAACUUACAGUGGCGUUCAAGUGGCCUACUACUCGGCAACAACCGGGUGGAACUAUCUUGCUGAUCAUCCUGGAGAGUAUGGAGACAUUGAAUUGUGA